CAUACCCACACCACAACACUAACUGCAUGUCCGUUUCUCGUCGUCAGUGCGGAGUGAAUCAUCUUGGUGCUACUCGCUCUUUGACUGUGGCUGCUCAGCCUCAUGCCUGCUGCUGUUGUCUCUGACUCCGGGAGGAUGGACGGUGUGUCGUUGGGUCUGGUGGCCACACCGGCCUCCCCACGUCCAAACUGCAACACGGACUCAGAGGAGGACACGGUGAAUGGAGGGAUGCACACCUUCAACCAGACGCACAUGAGGAAGGCUUUCCAGCUGAUGAACGACCUGAGGAGUAAAAAGAUGCUGUGUGACGUCCAGCUGGUGGCGGGGAGCGUUGAAGUGCCUGCUCACAGGGUGGUCCUGGCGUCCUGUAGCCCCUACUUUUGUGCCAUGUUCACAGGUGAUAUGAGUGAGAGUAAGGCCCAUCAGGUGGAGAUCAGAGAGGUGGACGGACAGACCCUGAGGAAGCUGGUUGACUACAUCUACACAGCUGAGAUAGAGGUCACCGAGGACAACGUCCAGGUUCUGCUGCCAGCAGCCAGCCUCCUCCAGCUGAUGGAUGUCCGUCAGGUUUGUUGUGAGUUCCUUCAGUCUCAGCUUCACCCCACCAACUGUCUGGGCAUCAGAGCCUUCGCUGACCUGCACACAUGCACGCAGCUUCUCGACCAGGCCCACGCAUACGCCGAGCAGCAUUUCUCCGAGGUGGUGCAGGGAGAGGAGUACCUGGGACUUUCUCUGCAGCAGGUGUGCGGCCUCAUCGCCAGCGACAAACUCACUGUUUCCACAGAGGAGAAGGUGUUUGAGGCGAUGAUAUCUUGGAUCAAACACGAUAAGCCAGCUCGUCUGGAGAACAUGCCCAAACUGAUGGAGCAUGUCAGACUUCCACUGCUGUCCAGGGAUUACCUGGUGCAGAUCGUGGAGGAAGAGGCUUUGAUAAAGAACAACAACACCUGUAAAGAUUUCCUCAUAGAAGCAAUGAAGUAUCACCUGCUGCCAGCUGACCAGCGACACCUCAUCAAGACAGACAGGACCCGACCGCGAACUCCCAUCAGCAUCCCAAAAGUGAUGAUCGUGGUUGGCGGUCAGGCUCCUAAGGCGAUCCGCAGCGUUGAGUGUUACGACUUCCAAGAAGAUCGAUGGUACCAGGUAGCCGACCUGCCUUCAAGACGCUGCCGGGCAGGUGUGGUUUCCAUGGCGGGCCGUGUGUUCGCAGUCGGAGGGUUCAACAGUUCGCUGCGGGAGCGAACCGUGGAUGUGUACGAUGGAGUGAGAGACCAUUGGAGUGCGCAGGCUAGCAUGCAGGAGAGACGCAGCACGCUGGGAGCUGCUGUGUUGGGGGAUUUACUGUACGCCGUGGGGGGCUUUAACGGCAGUAUAGGUUUGUCAACAGUAGAAGCCCACAAUCAUAAAACCAACGAGUGGCUGUACGUCGCCUCCAUGAACACCAGACGCAGCAGUGUGGGUGUCGGGGUGGUCGAUGGUAAGUUGUAUGCAGUAGGAGGCUACGAUGGAGCAUCCCGUCAGUGUCUCAGUACAGUGGAAGAGUACGACCCCGUCGCUGAUUCGUGGUGCUACGUAGCUGACAUGAGCACACGGCGCAGUGGAGCAGGGGUAGGUGUGUUGAGCGGUCAGCUGUAUGCAGCAGGGGGACAUGACGGUCCUCUGGUGAGGAAGAGCGUUGAGGUGUACGACCCACAGACCAACAGCUGGAGGCUGGUCUGUGACAUGAACAUGUGCCGACGUAACGCAGGCGUCUGUGCCAUUAACGGGCUGCUGUACGUGAUCGGAGGAGACGACGGCUCCUGUAACCUCUCCUCUGUGGAGUAUUACAACCCGGCCAUAGACAAGUGGAGCCUCAUUCCCACAAACAUGAGCAACGGACGCAGCUACGCAGGAGUCGCAGUGAUUGACAAGCCAUUAUGACCUGCGGCCUCCCACAGCAUCAGCUCUGCGUUGGCAGCCGGUUUCACAGACUCACACUGUCUGAAGCUCAGCAGGCAGACGGAGAAGUGACGCCUCAGAUAAACGCUGUCCAAAUGGGACGGGACGCGCUCAAUCCUCAGCUAACUGAAUCAAGAACGCAUCAGGAGGAGGUUAUUUUUGGGACGUUUUUUGGGUGUUUGCUAUGUCCAUUUUUAUAUAUGAGAUCCUGACUUUUAAAGGACACUGUUGCACUGGAUAAGAAACAAUAUCCACCGGAUAGUGGGCUUCAAAGAACUUUGUCUUGGUGAGUUUUCAAAUGCCAAGCACAUAACAAGUGGCUGUAUCAGCUGAUAUGAGGCUCACACAGAUGCUGAUGUCGGAGGCCAAACAGAGCCAAGUGCUUUAGAUGCUCAGUGGUGUCAUGACGGCGUUCAUGUGAUGAAACUGAAUACUUAAAAAACACCAGCUUGCUGAUUUCUCGCCGCCGCCAGCGUCAACGGUGUUGCUGCAACUAUUAGGACAUUGCGACACUGGCUUGUGAUUGGCUGUUGCAGGAGCGUCAUCCAAAAUCCUGGAAAACCUGGAGACUUAUUUUUUAAAUUAUGAGGCUUGCCACAGUUCCUACAAUAUAAAUCAGCUUAUAGCAAACUUGAGAAAGAAAUGAUUCCUGCGCCGACCGUCAGCAGGUCCAGCUUUAGCAAAAAGGCCACAGCUGCCAGAGUGCAUUUGUUCUCAACCCAGAGGCCUGGACCCAGAGAGCUGCAAGACAAUUUGAAGAAUGUAGAAAACAUCUUAUAUGCAAAUCAGCUAUGAUAUUUAAUAUUUUUGAGAUUGUUUUUAAAGAGGUUGAGAACCACUUGCUGUGGUUUAAGACUCGGGCCAGUUGAUCUGAUUCGACGCAGCAGGACUUGAGUCUGUUGUCGACACACUACUGAUGCACUGAUCGCUCGCACUGACUGAUACAGACCGGCAGGCUGGCGGUCUGACUCACCGAUGGGCUGGCCGGACGUCUGCCCGUCUUUCUAUAUGACCUGCUGAUCGUACUCAUGGGAGCAUUUAAACUCGCCACUUAGAGGCCAAUAAUUUCAUCAGAAAUUGUAAAAAAAAAAAAAAAAAAAGUGCCAGUUAUGCUGAUCUGAAUAAUGCUGGAGUCACAUGGUGUUUUCUAAUCUCUUAGUAACAAACUAAUGAUUCAAAAUGAUGAAUUGUUUCUGUUCGUUGUCUAAGGGAGAGUGUCAAAAUGCACUGUAGAAAUUCAACUGUACAACUCUAAUGUAAAAGAUGCAGGUUUAAGAUUUUCUAUUUAUUGUUUUGGGACUUUCAUCACACAGCAUUUAUUCAUUCAGUGAGGUUCUCAUUCCACUUGUGCUCCACUCACAUUCAGUUGAUGAUGGGUGUAUUUUUAGAUGUAGUUAUUUAGCUGACUGACUGGUGCCAUAGCUUUUUGAAGAAAAGAGAUUUAUAGAAGCUGAUUUGUUUGAAGGAGUUCUCAGCCGAGCCUUUUCAAGGCAGACGGCCUGCAAUCUUCCAGAAAUCAUGGGACGCGAUCGACUGUCAUUUCAAAGCCCUCUGACAAAAAAAGUAUAUAAAAUACUUUAAAAAAAA